AUGUCACCAACGAACCACUCGCCAAUACUCACAAUACAUCGACAACCACCGCAGCUCUUCAAAUUGCACGCUCGUUCCUUCCGUGCCGCGAGACUGCCCGGGUUUGGCGAACCUAUGGGCUUCUACAAGCCCUUUGAUUCAUCAACGAAACAACCAAGUGAGGUACUCUUUCCGAACCGGGCCAUUUUCUCAAAUGAGUUUUUCAACCCGGUCGGUUUUAAUGAGGCCUCACCGAACAUUGGACAACUUCAUGGAGGGACGUCUUUAUGGAUAGCGAUUACAUGUUGCAUAUACCUUUUGUUACAGAGGCCGUCAUUGGGUCGUCGUUCAUGUUAUUUGGGGGAGUCUUUUGGAGAUAUCAUUCAUGUAUCUAGUCCGAGAAAAAUCAAAGCAAAUCUGCUCAAUAUCUGUGUCACAUGUCUGCAUGUUGGCCUAUUCUGGGAUCGAUGA